GCGCGAGCCCAACGGCCGAGGCGCGCGCCACCUCGCGGCGGGAGGCGCGGGGGAGGGGCCGGGGGAGCCCCCGCCCCGCCCCCCGCCUCAGCCGCCACCGCCAGCUCGGUGGAGCCCCCCGCCGCCCGCCCGCCGCUCUCCCGAGCCGCCCGCCCGCCCCCUUCCCACGUCUCCGCUCCCUCCCUGCGUAGCGGAAACAUGGCGGCGGGAAGGGAGUGAGCCGCCCCGCGCCCCCGCCGCGCCCUCAGAUUUCUACAUCGUACUAAGGAAGAAUGAUUUCCUAUUUGAUAUAGCUGAACCAUGCAAAAAUCAGAUCCUUGAAAAGAUGGAGAAAUUAGCAUACAAAGAAACUGACUUGUCAGAAGUCAGAGCAAGGUAUUGGUGGAUCCAGGGAUAAAUCCCAAACUUCUUAACCCCUAGACCGGUUUUUAGUCCAUUGACUAUGCAGCCUAAUGUGAUAGACUGGAGUGAUGUUAGAAAACACAAAUAUGGUCACCUAUCAGAGUCUGCAUCCCAAUAUCAAGAAGCUGCUGACAUCCUGGAGCUAGGGUUGUAAAGAAGAUUACAUGAGCUAAUGGAUGUGAAAACAUCUUAAAAACUCUCAAAUACUUUUCAACUUUGGAGGAUUAUUAUGAUUUUCAUUCUGUUCAGCGGCUAUACUCAGACUUUACUCUAAAAGUCAAAUCUUCUGACAUUCUUUGAAGUGAAGCAUUCUAUGAAUGUGAGCUGAAGAAAUGAAUGAAAUGAAAUAAUGCAGCAUCUAGUGCUUUUUGCAUGGCCCAAAGGGGCUCUGUGCUGCUCCACUACAGAGGAAACUUCAAGAAAUGCUGGUUUGCUACAGUGUUUUAGCUUGUGAGAUUCUCUGGGACCUUCCCUGCUCCAUCAUGGGGUCACCUCUAGGUCAUUUUACCUGGGACAAAUACCUAAAAGAAACAUGUUCAGUCCCAGCGCCUGUCCAUUGCUUCAAGCAGUCCUACACACCUCCAAGCAACGAGUUCAAGAUCAGUAUGAAAUUGGAAGCACAGGACCCCAGGAACACCACAUCCACCUGUAUUGCCACAGUAGUUGGACUGACAGGUGCCCGCCUUCGCCUGCGCCUUGAUGGGAGCGACAACAAAAAUGACUUCUGGCGGCUGGUUGACUCAGCUGAAAUCCAGCCUAUUGGGAACUGUGAAAAGAAUGGGGGUAUGCUACAGCCACCUCUUGGAUUUCGGCUGAAUGCGUCUUCUUGGCCCAUGUUCCUUUUGAAGACGCUAAAUGGAGCAGAGAUGGCUCCCAUCAGGAUUUUCCACAAGGAGCCACCAUCGCCUUCCCACAACUUCUUCAAAAUGGGAAUGAAGCUAGAAGCUGUGGACAGGAAGAACCCUCAUUUCAUUUGCCCAGCCACUAUUGGGGAGGUUCGGGGCUCAGAGGUGCUUGUCACUUUUGAUGGGUGGCGAGGGGCCUUUGACUACUGGUGCCGCUUCGACUCCCGAGACAUCUUCCCUGUGGGCUGGUGUUCCUUGACUGGAGACAACCUGCAGCCUCCUGGCACCAAAGUUGUGAUUCCAAAGAAUCCCUAUCCUGCCUCCGAUGUGAAUACUGAGAAGCCCAGCAUCCACAGCAGCACCAAAACUGUCUUGGAACAUCAACCAGGGCAGAGGGGGCGUAAACCAGGAAAGAAGCGGGGCCGGACACCCAAGACCCUAAUUUCCCAUCCCAUCUCUGCCCCAUCCAAGACAGCUGAACCUUUGAAAUUCCCAAAGAAGAGAGGUCCCAAACCUGGCAGCAAGAGGAAACCUCGGACUUUGCUGAACCCACCACCUGCCUCACCAACAACCAGCACUCCUGAACCGGAUACCAGCACUGUACCCCAGGAUGCUGCCACCAUCCCCAGCUCAGCCAUGCAGGCCCCAACAGUUUGUAUCUACUUGAACAAGAAUGGCAGCACAGGCCCCCACUUAGAUAAGAAGAAGGUCCAGCAACUCCCUGACCAUUUUGGACCAGCCCGUGCCUCUGUGGUGUUGCAGCAGGCUGUCCAGGCCUGUAUCGACUGUGCUUAUCACCAGAAAACCGUCUUCAGCUUCCUCAAGCAAGGCCAUGGUGGUGAGGUUAUCUCAGCCGUGUUUGACCGGGAACAGCAUACCCUCAACCUCCCAGCAGUCAACAGCAUCACCUACGUCCUCCGCUUCCUGGAGAAACUCUGCCACAACCUUCGUAGUGACAAUCUGUUUGGCAACCAGCCCUUUACACAGACUCACUUGUCACUCACUGCCAUAGAGUACAGCCACAGCCACGACAGGUACCUACCAGGUGAAACCUUUGUCCUGGGGAAUAGUCUGGCCCGCUCCUUGGAACCACACUCAGACUCAAUGGACUCUGCCUCGAAUCCCACCAACCUUGUCAGCACCUCCCAAAGGCACCGGCCCUUGCUUUCAUCCUGUGGCCUCCCACCAAGCACUGCCUCAGCUGUGCGCAGGCUAUGCUCCAGGGGAGUGUUAAAAGGAUCAAAUGAAAGAAGGGAUAUGGAAUCAUUUUGGAAACUAAAUCGUUCCCCAGGGUCGGACCGAUACCUGGAGAGCCGCGAUGCCUCUCGACUGAGUGGCCGGGACCCCUCCUCAUGGACAGUCGAGGAUGUGAUGCAGUUUGUCCGGGAAGCUGAUCCUCAGCUUGGACCCCAUGCUGACCUGUUUCGCAAACACGAGAUUGAUGGCAAGGCCCUGCUGCUGCUGCGCAGUGACAUGAUGAUGAAGUACAUGGGCCUGAAGCUGGGGCCUGCACUCAAGCUCUCCUACCACAUUGACCGGCUGAAGCAGGGCAAGUUCUGAACCAGGAGAGGCAGCCUAGACAACCAAGUGGCAGCAGGUGGGGGCAUUCUUCUAGGAAUGAGGGGCAUCAGCCCACCCCAGGCACCUCAGUGGGGUUCCGGGCCACCUCAGGACUCCAAGAGGCUAUGUGGAGCCACCACUCCUAGCCACAGCUGCCAUGAUAAGUCCUUCCAUGAAGGACUGAGGAGGGAGAGUGGGGGUCCAGGGCUGGUGCUGCUCUUCCCUCAGCUCUGCCGGGGCUCUAAGGUCCCUCUAUUUAUUUCUCAAGCCUGGCUGGCCUCUCACCAGGAGUUUAGGCUGAAUGCCUUCCACGUGAUGGAGGAAAAGGCCAACUCUGUCCUGGUCUUGCUGUGGCACCCCAUCGCCCCACAGCUCGUACCUUCUCACCAGAUUCCCCUGAAUCCAAACUCGUGGUGCAAACCUCUACCUUUUUUACAAAAAGAUCUUAUUGUUAAUUUAUUGUUUCUGGCACUUGGGCAAACCCUGUAGUUAAUACUCCUCCCACAUCAGACACUGGGUUUCAGGAGGAGGGAGACUGCCCUGCCUUGGUCCCAGAGAGGCCCUCUGCAGAUAGGUGUGGCCCCUCUUCAGAGGACACUACCCUAGGGCACUUUCUCUUUGAAGUGGAGAGACCCAUAAAGCCUUGACCACAUCACUCCAUAUGGGGAGGAGAAGGAUCCCUGUCACCUUCUCCUCUCUUCACGGGGCCCUUUUGCAGCCCUAGGCCUCAUCUGUGGGAAGGGAGUCCCUGGCUCAUACUGCCCCCACCACAGCUCCUUGCCCUGGCCAGAACUGCUGUCGAAGAAAAUCAGGCCGGAAGGCCAAGAAGGCGCUAAGGGGGAUGGGAGGGCAGGUUUUCCAGGCUGGAGUCAGUUCCACCCACUCUCCUGUCCACAGGCUUCCUUGUAAGCAAGUCAGCAGCACAGCUACUCACGCUGCCAUCUGGACCUAUUUUAUGUCAAUCUGUUUAUAAAUAAAAACCAAUAUAGAUA